UAAAAAAAAAAAAAUCUUAAUUUAAUUAUCAAAUCCUCCCAUGGAUUUUAUCAAUACAGCCCAACGUUGUCUUUAUAAACCCACUACCCUUCCCACAACCCCCACAAACCUGGUCUUUACCAACCACCUCUCCGGAACAACCAAGAUGGCCCUGUUCAGAUCAUCGGCAGCUAUGUUCAUGCUCUUGUUCUUCGCUUCCACCUUGUCCUCUGCCUCCGACCUGUCGAUCAUAUCCUAUGAUCAAAGUCAUGGUACCAAGUCCAGCUGGAGGACCGAUGACGAGGUCAUGGCUAUCUACGAGGACUGGCUGGUGAAGCACGGAAAGGCGUAUAAUUCUUUGGGAGAGAAGGAGAGGAGGUUUGAGGUUUUUAAAGAUAAUCUAAGAUUCAUUGAUGAGCAUAACUCGGAGAAUCGGACCUACAGGGUCGGAUUGAACCGGUUUGCUGAUCUUACCAAUGAGGAGUACCGGUCCAUGUAUUUAGGUGCUUUGAGUGGUAUUAGAAGGAACAAGUUGCGUAAAAUUAGUGAUCGCUACACUCCACGUGUCGGCGAUUCUUUGCCGGAUUCCGUUGAUUGGAGAAAGGAAGGUGCCGUCGUCGGUGUCAAAGACCAAGGAAGUUGUGGGAGCUGCUGGGCUUUCUCAGCCGUUGCUGCUGUGGAAGGGAUCAACAAGAUCGUUACUGGCGACCUGAUCUCUCUAUCUGAGCAGGAAUUGGUGGAUUGUGAUAACUCUUAUAAUGAAGGAUGUAAUGGAGGUCUCAUGGACUAUGGCUUUGAGUUUAUCAUCAACAAUGGUGGCAUUGACUCUGAAGAAGAUUACCCUUACCUUGCUCGUGAUGGCAGAUGCGACACAUACAGGAAAAAUGCCAGGGUUGUUUCAAUUGAUAGUUAUGAAGAUGUUCCUGUGAAUAAUGAGGCGGCACUACAGAAGGCAGUCGCAAAUCAGCCAGUGAGUGUUGCAAUUGAAGCAGGUGGCAGGGAUUUCCAGUUGUACUCAUCGGGCAUUUUUUCGGGAAGAUGUGGGACGGCACUGGACCAUGGUGUUGUUGCAGUGGGUUAUGGCACAGAAAAUGGACAAGAUUAUUGGAUUGUCAGGAACUCGUGGGGUAAAAGCUGGGGAGAGAGUGGCUAUCUCAGGAUGGCUCGAAAUAUUAGGAAGCCAACAGGGAUAUGUGGAAUUGCGAUGGAGGCUUCUUACCCUAUAAAGAAAGGCCAAAAUCCCCCCAACCCUGGUCCAUCUCCUCCAUCUCCUGUAAAGCCUCCUAGCGUUUGUGACAACUACUUUAGCUGUCCUGAGAGCAACACUUGUUGCUGCAUCUUUGAGUAUGCCAACUUCUGCUUUGAAUGGGGAUGCUGCCCACUUGAGGGUGCUACCUGCUGUGAUGACCAUUAUAGUUGCUGCCCACAUGACUAUCCCAUCUGCAACGUUAACCAGGGAACCUGCUUAAUGAGCAAGGACAACCCGUUAGGAGUGAAGGCAAUAAGGCGCACUCGUGCUAUGCCUCACUGGGCUCUUGGAGCUGAAGGCAAGAAAAGUAGUGCUUAGGCAAUGGUUAAGUCUUUGAAGCGGUGGAUGAUAGAAUAAGGAAGCGAUAGAGGAUCAUGCCAGUGGUUGAUGCUCUCCUUGGUUUCUAUGAAGCUGCACAACUUUAUUCGACCAUCAAGAUAUUCGAAAGAUGGCUUUUCAGAAGAUUAUUCAGAUACCAGUUAUGUACAUAGCUGCCUAUUUAUCAAUGUUGCAUUUUAAACGAUAGAAAUAUUGAUCAGCUUGCAAUAUCUACUGUAAAUGUUGUCAUCAUUAGCGAAUAGGGCUUUUAUGAUUUGGUUGGUCAUUCCAAUGGUACUCGCAGUUUGCAAACCAUCAACAAUGUUUUAUCUUUGUUUGUGCA